UAUGCACAUUCCAACGCAUGCUUCCCCGUUCCUCUCCUUUCCUAAACGGAUUCCUCCUGCACGAGCACCGUCCCUUCUCGUUUUGUCUUCUCUGUUUCCCCUCAUUCGCCCCAUCAACCUAACCUCUCAACUGCGUCGAAUCGAAAGAAAUGUCGCUAACUACAGUGAAAAUUAGCAAUGUCUCUCCCAAUGCAUCAAUGCAAGAAAUUAAGGAAUUCUUUUCCUUUUCUGGUGAAAUUGUGUAUGUUGAAAUGCAAAGGGGAAAUGAGUCUUCUCAAGUUGCCUAUGUCACCUUCAAAGAUUCACAAGGAGCAGAGACAGCACUCCUGCUUACAGGUGCAAAAAUUGUUGAUUUAGUCAUUGAUAUCACACCCGAUCCAGACUACCAGCUUCCAGCCAACGUUUCAGUUCCUCAUUUAUCAAACGAUAGCAGUGAGGCUGUCAGUGGCAUUGGAUUAGUCGUCCAAAAGGCAGAGAAUGUUGUCAGCACUAUGCUUGGUAAGGGCUUCAUCCUUGGUAAAGAUGCUCUCGACAAGGCAAAGUCUUUUGACGAGAAGCACCAGCUAAGAUCCACAGCUUCAGCUAAAGUUUCAGAGCUGGACAAGAGAAUCCGGCUCCGCGAGAAGAUCAGCAAGGGCACUACUGCUGUCAAUGAGAAGGUCACUGAAAUGGAUCAAAAGUAUCAGGUCUCAGAGAAGACGAAAUCAGCCUUUGCGGUUGCAGAGCAAAAAGUUAGCACUGCUGGUGCCGCGUUAAUGAGCAACAGGUAUGUAUCCUCAAGUGCCUCAUGGGUGACUGAGACCUUUCAUAGGGUGGUCGCUAAAGCUGCUAGCAAUGCUGGUUCAAAGACAAUGGACCAAACUCAAAGUGAUCAGGAAUCAAAUAUUAUCAAUAAUGGCAUUGGAUCGAAGGAAGUGGAGAAGGUUGGGAUCGAGCAGGGAAGCACCAAUGUUGAAUUGAAGACAAUCGAUAAGGUAAUGAACGAGCAAGAAAGUAGUGAUGUCCAAUUGAAGGCAAUCGACAAGGUUCUCGAGAAGGAACCAACUGAGCAGGGAAUUGAUGCCCAAUCGAAGGCAAUCGAGAAAGAGCCAGAGAAGGAACUGCAGGAUGACUUUGACAAGGUUCAACUAUCAGAGACAUCCACCAAUACUUCAUCUGAGAGUCAAGGUAAACCUGAGCCAGCCCCAGGAUUGAUCCAGUGAUUUGUGAUGCUUCUUAUUUAUAGAUUGUGGCAGUAAUGGCUGUAAUCUAAACUUCAGAAUAUGGAUAUUGUACAAUGUUCAGGAACAACUUGAGAGACAAAUUGUUUUCGCCGUUUAAAAUCGAAAUUAUAUCCAAAUAUCUGUAGUGAUGUUUCUUUGACGGAAAGAAAAAUGUUAUAUCUGGACAUUAUCCAAAAUCGAAAUUAAUUAACAA